UAUUGUGGUAUAUAUAAUAUACGGGUUCCUCCUCUAACAUCUAAGAUGAUUAAUCAUUCUGUAAAUAAGGGGGAUCGGACUCUCCCUUAAUUUCCUCACAUGAUCCAUCAAGUAAUUAACGAAAUGGAGAAGGUGGGCGAUUCUCAGCCGUCUUCAUCAGAUCCCGUUUCGCCAACUAGUAACAAGAUGAUGAAGGAGCCGCCGCGGAGACUCGAGAUAGUUACUUCAGAAAUCUGUUUCGAAAAGAAAAAAUGUGUCUUAGGAAAGCUUAAAGGGGAAUUAUCUCUUUUAUUUUUUGGAUUAUCUCUCCUGUUUUUUGGAUUACCUCUCUUGUCUUCAACAACCUAUUGGGCGAUAAUAGGAAUGGUAAUGAUCAUGGAUUACCUUCUCAAUGAGGGGGGCGAUGCGAUCAAGUCAAUUACAGCACUUGUUCAUGAUGAGAUGGACGAUGCAAUCAAGUCAAUUACUGAACUAGAUGCAAUUAAGUCAAUUGAUAAUGAUGAUGGUGAUGAGGAUGAAAUCAAGUCCGCACUUGUUCUUGAUGAUAGUGAUGGGGAUGAAAUCAAGUCAGCACUUGUUCUUGAUGAGGAUGCAAUCACGCCAAUUACAGCACACGGCGGUUACGGCCGCAUCUGCUGCAUGACCGCUGCAAUUCCCGUAGGCAGGAUGCCCGAGAUGUCGAUUCCCCAAGUUGGUCAUUGGGGUACGGAAGUUCUUUACCACAGUGAAAUAAUGAGGUCCGGAAACUACCACAAUGGAAGAGAUGGGACAGAAAUGAUCAUGGACUACAUUAAGCAUAAAACGUCGCGAGUGUCGGCGUUGCAAGAAAUUGCGUCACGAGCGCCGGCGUUGCCAGAAGUUGCUGAUACGAAAAUGCCAAUAGAGCGCAGUGAAAAUAGUCGGCUGCAGCGGCGGCGCCGGCGCCGGUGGUGGUUGUUGUGGUGGUGAUGAAGAAGAUAGAAAUAAAAUAAAUAUGUAAGGUUAAUUUUUAACAUUAAGAUUUAUGUACGAGUGUUCUUUUCGUUGUAAUUUUUGGUGGAGUUCCGGUGAUCA